AUGCCAAGAUGGAGCACCGGGAACCUGUCAAAGCUUGCCGAACCAUGGUUUAUGUGUCUUGGCGCACUGAGUGCCUUUGCCUUGCACACGAAGCUACGACAUAUCUCCGUCGCCGUGUCCAUCAUCCAUGAAUCCAGCAUUACCUCCUCUCGCUGUCCUCGAGAACCUCAAGGAGACAAGGAUCGCCCCAGGGGUAUCUCUCCGGUCUCCACCUCUUCGAAGAGUAUCUCUCCAGAUAUUGACAACCAGGGAUUGGAUUCCUUCUUGAUGACCUCUAUGACUUUGGCCGAGUCGAUCUAUGGUAUCAAUCCAGCUGCUGUUAUUGAAGACGCCGUGGGAAGCCUAUUUCUCUUGCUUGUGCUAACCCCGCCGUGCUCACACCUAUGCGACAAGAUGGAAUGGGCCAUGGCCCAUGGUGUCGGAGCCGAGGCCAAUGAGAUCCUAUAUGACACUGCCAGUAUAGCCCCGACAGAGACACAAUAUCUCAUGUUGAUAUGGGGAGAGCAGUUUAAGCCAGCAUUGGUAUCCAUAAUGCCCUGA